CUGCGGGCGUGUAGACCGGUGUAAACUUCUAGCAGUUUCCAUUGAUACGAGUUAAUUUAAAGGUAUCGCAAUGAAAGCGCCCACGCCGGUUGCAUCUUCGACGGGCGGUACUGGCGACAGGGCCACUUAUAAGGACAAGGACAAGCCGGCGCAAGUUCGCCAGAGCAACAUCACCGCUGCCAAAGCUGUUGCCGAUGCCAUACGCACCAGUCUUGGACCGCGGGGCAUGGACAAAAUGAUUCAGGCAGCCAACGGGGACGUCACCAUCACGAACGACGGUGCCACCAUCCUGAAGCAGAUGCAGGUGCUUCACCCAGCUGCCAAAAUGCUGGUGGAGCUCUCCAAAGCACAAGAUGUGGAGGCUGGUGACGGCACCACCACAGUCGUGGUCAUUGCGGGCAGUCUGCUAGAUGCUGCAGCCAAGCUGCUUCUCAAGGGCAUCCACCCCACCACCAUCUCUGAGUCGUUCCAGUCAGCAGCGGCCAUGGCUGUAGAGGUGCUGACAGACAUGUCGCACCCUUUGGACCUGGCUGACCGGGAGUCGCUGCUGAAGAGUGCCACCACAGCUCUCAACUCCAAGGUUGUGUCGCAGCAUGCCUCCCAGCUGGCACCCAUAGCUGUGGACGCGGUACUCAGGGUGGUGGACCCGGCAAAGGACACCAACGUGGACCUGCGCGACAUCAAGGUCAUCCGCAUGCUCGGUGGCACAGUGGAGGACACAGAACUGGUGGACGGUCUGGUCUUCACUCAGAAGGUGGCUGGCAGCGGGGGCCCUCAUCGUGUGGAGAAGGCCAAGAUUGGCCUGAUCCAGUUCUGUAUUUCCCCACCAAAGACCGACGUAAGUGCAUUGCCUAGCACUUUCGUGUAAAGUGCCUAAAUAGUGGAAAUGUUGCCACGAGCGCGGAA